CUCCGCCCACUCUAUGGUUCCUCCCCGUCGCGGCGGCUGACAAGAUGGCGGCGUCGGGCCUAGGCUUCGGCCCAGGGUCGUCGGGGCUCCUCGGGAGCCGGGUCCUGGCCUACACCCUCCACCGCUGGAGCAGCUUCUCCUCCACCUACCUGCCAGAGAAUAUUUUAGUAGACAAGCCCAAUGAUCAAUCUUCAAGGUGGUCGUCAGAAAGCAACUACCCUCCACAGUAUUUGAUCUUGAAACUUGAAAGACCGGCCAUAGUUCAGAGCAUCACAUUUGGAAAAUACGAGAAGACGCACGUCUGUAAUUUAAAAAAAUUUAAAGUCUUUGGUGGAAUGAAUGAAGAAAACAUGACUGAUCUUUUAUCAAGUGGCUUAAAGAAUGACUAUAACAAAGAAACAUUUACUCUGAAGCAUAAAAUCGAUGAGCAGAUGUUCCCUUGUCGAUUUAUUAAGAUAGUUCCGCUCCUGUCCUGGGGUCCCAGCUUCAAUUUUAGCAUCUGGUAUGUUGAACUCAACGGUAUUGAUGAUCCAGAUGUGGUACAGCCUUGUCUCAAUUGGUACAGCAAGUACCGUGAACAGGAAGCCAUUCGCCUCUGUUUGAAGCACUUUCGCCAACACAACUACACGGAGGCGUUCGAGUCCCUGCAGAAGAAAACCAAGAUUGCCCUGGAACACCCCAUGCUGACGGACCUCCAUGAGAAACUGGUCUUGAAGGGAGACUUCAAUGCGUGUGAAGAGUUAAUAGAAAAAGCUGUCAACGAUGGCUUGUUCAACCAGUACAUCAGUCAACAGGAGUACAAGCCGCGAUGGGGUCAGAUAAUUCCCAAAAGCACCAAAGGUGAUGGUGAGGAUAGCAGGCCUGGAAUGAGAGGAGGGCAUCAAAUGGUCAUUGAUGUUCAAACAGAAACAGUUUAUCUGUUCGGCGGCUGGGAUGGGACGCAAGACCUGGCUGACUUCUGGGCAUAUAGUGUGAAGGAAAAUCAGUGGACGUGUAUAUCCAGAGACACUGAAAAAGAGAACGGUCCGACUGCUCGGUCCUGUCACAAGAUGUGCAUCGACAUCCAACGAAGGCAGAUCUACACCUUGGGACGUUACCUGGAUUCCUCUGUGAGGAACAGCAAAUCUCUGAAAAGCGACUUCUACCGCUACGACAUCGACACCAACACCUGGAUGUUGCUGAGCGAAGAUACGGCCGCCGAUGGAGGCCCCAAGCUUGUGUUCGACCACCAGAUGUGUAUGGAUUCAGAGAAACACAUGAUCUACACCUUCGGGGGUAGGAUUUUGACCUGCAACGGCAGUGUGGACGACAGCCGAGCCAGCGAGCCCCAAUUCAGCGGCCUCUUUGCUUUUGACUGUCAGUGUCGGCUAUGGAAACUCUUGCGAGAAGAUUCGUGUAAUGCCGGCCCUGAAGACGUCCAAUCCAGAAUAGGACACUGCAUGUUAUUCCAUUCAAAAAACCGUUGUCUGUACAUGUUUGGCGGGCAAAGGUCGAAAACCUACUUGAACGAUUUCUUCAGUUACGACGUGGACAGCGACCACGUGGAUAUCAUUUCGGACGGCACCAAAAAGGACUCGGGGAUGGUUCCAAUGACUGGCUUCACCCAAAGGGCUACCAUUGAUCCGGAACUGAACGAGAUCCAUGUGCUCUCUGGACUGAGUAAAGACAAGGAAAAACGGGAAGAGAACGUUCGGAAUUCCUUCUGGAUUUACGACAUCGUCCGAAACAGCUGGUCUUGUGUCUACAAGAACGAUCAAGCCGCCAAAGAGAAUUCAAACAAGAGCCUUCAGGAAGAGGAGCCCUGCCCGCGUUUUGCACACCAGCUUGUGUACGAUGAAUUGCACAAGGUCCAUUACUUGUUUGGAGGCAAUCCAGGCAAACCCUGUUCUCCAAAGAUGAGGCUGGAUGACUUCUGGUCCUUGAAACUCUGCCGGCCGUCCAAGGAAUACUUGCUUCGCCAUUGCAAGUACUUGAUAAGGAAGCACAGGUUUGAAGAGAAAGCUCAGACGGAUCCCCUCGGCGCUCUGAAAUAUUUGCAGAACGACCUGUUUGUCACUGUGGAUCAUUCAGAUCCCGAGGAAACGAAGGAGUUCCAGCUCCUGGCUUCGGCACUUUUCAAGUCGGGUUGUGAUCUGAGCACGUUGGGCUUUUCGGACGUCGACCACGUCUACGCCCAACGCACUCAGCUCUUCGACACCCUGGUGAACUUCUUUCCCGACAACAUGACCCCUCCCAAGGGCAACUUGGUGGAGCUCAUCACCCUGUGACGAGUCAAGUUGCUAGACCUGUGGAUGGAAGAGGAUUUUUUUUCCCCAGUAUUUUUAAUUUCGUGAGGGUGCGCGCGCUUGUGUGUGUGUGUGUGUAUGUGCAGUGAGCGAUUGGGGGGGGGGCUGCAGAAAUAGAAGCGAGUCGCGUGGGGGAGGGGCUUUAUGCAAAUGGGUAAUAAAACAAAAAAAGGAACCAAUAACGUUUCCGAUGGGCUUCAGGAUGGAUGGACGGAUGGAUGUUCUGUUCGUUUUGUUGGUUCAUUCUCAUUCACGUUGAUGAUGCUUUCGGAAAGCUGGCGAAUAUGGAUAAUCCAGGGGGAAAUUGGUGUGGGUUCCUUGAGCUUACAGCCCCUGCCCUGGGUGCAAACUCAGGACUUUGAAGAUAGGUGGUGCUUUUUUUUUAUUUUUAAAUUAUUAUUUGAUUGGUUCGCAGCAGUUUUAUUUCCCCCCCACACACACACACACUGACUUUGCCGAUUUGAGCUUGUUUCUCAACCUGCUAAGAAGCGUAGAUCUGACCCUUUUUUUUCAUUUUGAGCUGCUGUUGGAAAAAGAAAGACGAGGAUGCAUGUACUUUGAGGAUCGUGCGCCAUCUAGUGGCUGGGAGGAUGCAUGUACUUUGAGGAUCGUGCGCCAUCUAGUGGCUGGGAGGAUGCAUGUACUUUGGGGAUCUUGCGCCAUCUAGUGGCCAUCAAGACCCACGAUGUUGACUUCUGCCUCAAUCAGGGAUGGUCCGACUUUGGCCACUUGUAAGACCUGUGGACUUCAACUCCCAGAAUCCCCCAGC